AAAUAACAUUGAACUGAAAAUUUUCUUAGCACAACAAAGGGCAUUCAUCGGUCGCUUGAAAGGAGUCUCAGCAAAAACUCUCAUUCAUUCUUAAGAAGAACUGGUAAGUUACGAAAGUCGCCUUCAAAGGUUUAGUCAAGACUUAACCACUGUCUUAGUUAAAGCCAACCACAUUCUCACCGAGAAAUUACGUGAGUCAAUUCAGACAAGCACGCACGUAUUUCAUGCGAGUUUUGAUUUCGUUGAAUAGAACGUUCUUUUGAAACAAGUCGGAACGCUUUAAAUAUUUUUGGUCGGAGGAAAGGUUGUAAAAUCUUGACUCAAAGAAAGUUUGAAUGAUAGGUAGAAACUGGGAGCUGUAAUCACCUCGAGAAAACAACUUGAGAAUAUUUUCAAGAGUGCGUCAAGCCUCCACGUUGGAUCCUUUACAUCCCAGUUACACUUCUCUCUUCUACUAUCCCUUUCUCGACAUGGGAUCAAGAAUAUCGGCCGUGAAAAGGAACGACCACAAUGACAAUAGACAAGGGGUUUAUAAAUCGCUCAAUGUCUUUCAAGAAGAAGAUCGGGCCAGAGACUUGGCGAGACCAGAAAAAUUAGACAUUUUACUCGAUCGUCCACCUCUACCGGAAGAGGCUUUGUUAGAACAUGCUUGGAACCCGAACGAUCGAUCGGUUAACAUUUUCGUCAAAGACGACGACCCGUUUACCUUUCACAGACAUCCAGUAGCACAGAGUACGGACUGCAUACGAGGAAAAAAGGGUUAUAGUCGAGGUUUUCACGUCUGGGAGAUUCAGUGGUCAACCCGACAACGUGGGACACACGCAGUAGUAGGGGUAGCUACAUCAAAAGCCCUUCUUCACUGUACUGGCUAUCAAUCCUUGGUCGGCAACAACGAGGAUAGUUGGGGAUGGGACAUUGUUAGAAACAAGCUCUACCACAACGAAAAGAACGUUUCGUCAGUAAAGUAUCCAGUUUUGUCUGACAAUGAUCAUAGCUUUGUGGUACCUGACAAAUUUCGCGUUAUAUUGGACAUGGAUGAAGGAACUAUGGCUUUUGAAACGAACGAUGGACGCUAUUUAGGAGUCGCUUUCCGUGGAAUGAAAGGGAAAACUGUAUAUCCUAUAGUCUCAGCCGUGUGGGGACAUUGUGAAAUCACUAUGAAAUACAUCGGUGGACUAGAUCGUAAGUAGCACUUUUUCUUUUUGCCAGCGAAUUCUCUCUGUGUUAGUAGUCCUUUGUUUCGUGCAUGAACGCAGACCCAUUGUUUACAGUUCUUUUUUCACUAAACUUGUCAUAUUGUAUGUUUUGCCCGUCAAUAGCUGUUGAAACAGAUCUUUAUUUUUUACUGAUUCAGUUCUUCUAUUCCUCAUCCUUUUGACAGAGGAAUUUAAAAUUGAUCGUAAAAAAAUGUAUUGCCAUGUUUUGGGGUUGAAAUAUUCAUUCCCAUGUGAUUUUAACUUCCCUUACGUCACAUGAGAAAAUGACCUCAUCGAUCUGCGUUACGGUUUUCGAGAAACAAAAAAUUUCGCUUUUCCUUAACCUAUCGUUUUCCAAAUCCAUUCGGUCAAAUAGUUUCUAAAGAAGCAAGAAGAUAUCGAAACUGAAAGCCCAUGCUUUUCUAGUAGUAGGAAUAGUUUCGUUCGUCUCAUUGAUUCAUGUGCCUCUUCUUAAUGAGCGGAUUCGUUUUGUUUAUGUCUUGAAUAUAUAUUUGCCAUAGUUUUUAGCGGUUUUUAUCAUUUUUUUUUUUCGCUUAAAGUUUAUCUCAAAAGCUCAGCAAAAUUAAGACAGUAUCUUCGCUUCCGAUUUUAUUGUUUCAAUGGGUGAAUGGAAAUUAAUAUUUCAUUUGGAGCGAAGUCUUCUUAUCCGUUGGGACCGUAUUUGUCAUUUCCGCCUGAGAGAAUUUGUCAAGUUUCCACUAUAAAUGUUUUUUUCCAUUUUAACAAUAUGGAAAUAGCCUUUGUAUUGUAUCGGAGGCUUUGGGAAGUUGUCUCUCUCUGUAAGAUUUUUUUAUCCCUAAAGCUGGGUGCAAACAAAGGAACAAUGAGAUCACAUCGCAGCUAUUUUGGUGCAAUGAGCGUGGCGCGUGCCAAACCACCUGUUGCAUGUAGAGAACGUUGAAAGCGUUUGCCACAAAACCAUUCAAAAGUAGGUCAGCUUUUAGAAUUCAAAAAUCAUAUCAAAGAAUCGCACAUUUUUCUAAUAAGGCAGGGUAUGAGAACAUGAAUUACCUUUCCUUACCAAACUUGUCAAAAUUUCCUACCACAGGAAACCAAAAUUCAUUGCCGACAAAAAAGAAAUCCUAUACUGUUGAAAUAAUGAUGACACUUAAGAAUAAAUAUGAAGGAUAUUUCACAUUUUUUUUGUGAUCAAAACUUUUACCCUUAUUGUUGUUUCAAACUGAGAAGAUUUCGGUCUUAGUAAUAUAAUGAUUCUAGAGCAAAUUUACCUCUGAGUCAAGUCGAUCAAAUCUAUCAGUUUAUAUCCAGGUAUUUACAAUGAAAAAAAUAAAUUAUUGUAAAACUCAACACAGUAAGAAAUAGUUGGUAAGGCUGCCUGGUUACUAAGUGACUCACUCAUGCUUUGGAUCAGGACACCUGUUGCUAUGUUUAUGAGACAGUUCUUUUCUUAAGAACCUUUUUUCAUGUUGAGCAGUAUGCUUUCUGAAGGUUCUUUACUUUAUAAAGUGCUGACUAAUGUAGUUUUUUAUAGAGGUAUAAAAUUUCCAGGCCAGAAAAAAAUGACAACAGCAAAAUGAAUAGACUGAUUUCGAUAAUCAUGGAAAAAUAGAAAUAUCUGUCAAUAACUGAAAGUUGAUAACUUGUGCAGUAGAGCUGAGGCAAUUGGCUUUAGUAUAGAAUUUGCAUGACUGUGUUUGCAAUAUUGGUAAAUGUAUAUACUUGGAGAUAAUUUUUUUCCAACCUUGCUCAUGAUCCUUUUUUUCUUUUUUUUUUGUAGCUGAACCUCAACCUCUGAUGGAUCUCUGCAGACGUACAAUACGCAAAUCCAUUGGAAAAGAGCACCUAACAAAAGGAAAUGUAGACAAGCUUCCCAUUCCAGUUCCGAUGAAGAAAUACCUAUUGUACCAGCAAGGCUGGUGACAAUCAGCUUCGUGGAAUUUAAAAAAAGCAUAAAUUGUGGCUGUCCUUUUCAGUGUUAAAUGGUGCAUCUUGAACCAUUCCUCUGUUAACGAUCAAGAACCUAAUCAAACUUGUUAAGAUAACAAAUUCUUCCGAGCUAGUUUUCAUCCUUUUUCAUGUGAAAGAAAAGCCAUAAAAUCAUUCUUUAGAUUAGGGUUGAUUAUAUUUGAUAAGGUUUUUUCCCCUAGGUGAUUUUCCAGGGUAAUUUAAUUAUGUUCACAAGACUAUACAAUUGUUUGGGAAUUUUAAAACCAGCAAAGGCAACUAUUGUUUGUGCAGUAGGUGUGUUUUAUUCCAAGUGUAGGAUGAUCUUUUAUGAUACAGAAAGUGAAAUAGAAAUAUGUUUUCAAAUCAAAGACCAUACCUACUCAUGCAUAAAAGAUAAAACAGUCUUAAUUUUUUAGACUUUCUUUUUUAAAAAAAGAAUCUUAAAAGGUUGAAAUAUUCGGCACAGAGUUUCUUAAUUACUGUUAUGAGAAAAUUCAUUGCCACCAGUUAAAGAUGCUCCUUUUUUCAAAGAAAUAACUUUUACAGGGAUUUGAAACAGCUCAAACUAGUGUAAAUAGCAGCUAAACUUUUCUUCAAAUUUAAACUUAUUUAUUGGUGAGGCCAUCCCUCGCAUAUCACAGAAUUUUAAUUACAUUUGCACUAUUAUGUAUAACACCCUUAAAGACAUCUAAAGAGUCAAAUUUAGUUGCGAAAAUUUAAUUUAUUUAUGGAGAAUUAUACUUCACUACCCAAAUUGUAGGGAGUGACUAAAGAAUGUAAAAAUACAAGAAAGAAGUGACCUAAAUAUUUAUUUGCACUAAUUUUGCUUAGGUUUAACUAAGCACCACUACAAAUUGAAUCUAAAGGAUAAUUUUGCCAUUAUUAUUAUUGACAGGAAUUUGACUCUUUAGGUUGGUCUGUUUAACUUAUAAUUAACAGUUUUGGUUGAUAUAAACAGUGGUUAAUUGAUUUUGAUAUUUUUAUCUUUUAUCUUUAGUUUGUCUGACUCCCUGAGAGCAAUAAAGUUCAUAUUAAUAAAUUAUUGUAAAUUUUGUCUCAUUGAAUUCAGAUGGACUUUGUUUGCUACCUGAAAUAUUGAAGUUCUUUAUCAAGAUAUGCUCUUAUCACAGCAGUAGUUAUUGUUCUGUUUCUAGCAAGGCUUCAACUCUUUUAGUUGCUAAUUAAAUUGAGUGAUUUCAUUUAUUUAUUAUGUUUAGAUAUGGGGAGUUAAAUAGUUAGUAUAUUUAUAACAAUAUUCUAUUGGAAUAUGUCCCACUUAUACUUUGCGUUAAAUGCAGUGUUACGUUAUAAGCAAU